AAACUAAGCCAAUGGAAAAGCAAACCGUGCAACAAGAGGAAAUUGCUGAUCCUAUCGUGAUUUUCCGCUAUAGCGAUUCACCAGGACCAAUUCAGCAGAGCGAAUGCGCAGGCCAACGAAUAUCGGAUCUUCUCGACUGGUCCCGUCUGAGGCGGGAAGCUUCGCUUGUUCCACUAUCAUCCGAUCGUGAUCAAUCACUGGAGGACAAAAAUGCCGAUGUUUCGUUACAAUCAGCAGGAACGACCAGUGACGACAGUGUAGCAGAAGAGGGACGCCUGCAAAUUACCUGGGAUGGUGAGCACAGCGAGGGAUCAUCGGAAUCGAAUCGGCGGAUGUUGAAAUCAUCCUUGCCGGGAGAUAUGCUGACCAGGGAAACACGUAAGGCUCUGGUCGCCACAUCACUUGGAGAGAUGUCGCUGGUGUACCACGGGAACAUGGCUCGUAAGUUUCCAGGUCUCGAGAACCGUACGCCGGAACAACAGAAACAAAGACAACGCAAUACGGAGGCGGCUCGCAUCAGUCGCGCCAAGACGAAGCUUCUUGAGCAGCUCGUGGAGAAAGAAACUCAAGAGGUUUCGACCACAAACACGCGUAGCAAGCGCAUGGUUGCAGCACAAUUAGUUUAUGUUAACACUCUUGCCGAUUUGCUUGAUCUGCCGCGGAUUAGACUGAAAGCAUUCGAUGGUCACGCUACUGAUAACAUAAUCAUAGAUGAGAAAUAA